AUUUAAAUUUACAAUUGAAGACAUUUUACAAUGACAUCGUUGGCCGCAAGCAUUGUCGUAUUAACGAUAUUGCAUUUGAUUCAAGCGCAAGAAAAUGAAAUUGUCAAAGCCAUGUUGUUGAAUGAAGUUAUUCCAGAUGUCUUGGACGAAGGACCAAAGGAAGUGCUAAAGGUCACAUUUGACAAUGGCGCCAAAGUUAAUAUGGGCAACGAAUUAACACCCACUCAAGUACAAAAUCAACCUCAUGUCGAAUGGGAGAGUGAGGAAGGAGCCUAUUACACUCUUCUAAUGACCGAAUCAGAUGCUCCAUCUCGUGCCGAUAAAAGUGUGGGAGAAUGGCAACAUUGGCUGGUCGGAAAUAUUGCGGGUAAUAAUGUAGCGAAGGGCACCCUGCUAUCCGGCUACCAAGGUUCUGGUCCUAUGCUAGGCACUGGCCUACAUCGCUAUGUUUAUUUGUUGUUUAAGCAACCGCAUCAGCUAGAAUUUGAUGAGAAAUUUUCUCCCAACACAACCACUGAAGGACGGCCACUUUUUUCUACACGAAAAUUUAUGAAAAAAUACAAUUUGGAGACUCCGAUAGCGGGGAAUUUUUAUGAAGCCCAAUACGAUGAAAUCGCCGGUGUACUUUUGGCUCAAUUGGGAUUUUAAACUAAAAUUUCUUCUCUAAGCUAUGUUUGUGGAUAUAAGGUUUUAGAUUUCAGUUUGCAAGGAUUUAGUCAAUGUUGUUAGUCAUUUCACUGUUAAAUUUAGGAAAACUUGCACAUUUUAUAUGAUGGAAAAUGGUUUUGCAUGGAUGAACAGAAACAAUAAAAAAUCUGCAGGACAAUA